AUGAUGCUGCUGCGACGACUGUUGUAUUUUAUUGUACUGUUUUUGAGUGUUGCCUGUGUGUGUGUGGCGGCUGGAGAGGAAAAAGGUCCUUCUUCUGGCGGUAGCAAUUGUGAAGCCAGUACUGGUUCCGAGUGUAAAAAUGACCCUAAGCUAUCUGAAUCUGCUCGUGUUCCUGCCGCUCCUGUUGGACCUCUGGGUGAAAGAGGUGAAGCGGGUUCUACUGCUCUUCAGGGCCGUGGUACUCUCCCAGCAGUUAGAGAUAAUGAUCUUAACACGGAACUACGUGGAACGGAAGCGAGUGACAACGAGAGGCAAGAUAGUGAACCUGCAGUAGAGAAUCAUUCAGAGCUAACUAAUACCAAUAGUCAACACAGAGGUGCAGAAACACAGAAUCAACUACAACAAAACUCCGACGCAGCACACACUCAGUCCCCUCCCAAAACACACAAUGAAGCUACUACUGUCCCACACAUCCAAACUCCGACAUUGCAGGAAACACCGUCUGCAGACCCUGAAGUGUCUCAACAGGAAGAACACAGUGCUAAAAGCAAUAGUGCAAACAGUGACAAUACAGCUAACCAGAAUGAUCCAGCAACAGAAUCCCCUUCUUCAACAGCGUCUGCACAACCUCCUGCCACAUCUUCAACACAGGAAACGGAUGGAACGAAACCUACGGAAGCUGCAGAUGUUGGGAAUGACAGUACACCUGCAGGGAGGGAGCCAACAAGUGCCCAAGAUGGUGCUGCAGAUAAUACAGAAACAACCACCACUUCAACCACAACAACAACACUUCUUCCUGAGCCCACAAACAACAAGAAGGGUGAUGCAGACAGCAGCAGCAGUAUCAGCAGUUCUGUAUGGGUGCGUGUACCACUACUGAUUGUGGUUACACUGGCCUGUAUUCUUGUGUGCUGA